UGAUAUUGGGGAUGUGAAGGAUCGGCGUUUGGAUUUAUAUUUGACUCCCUAUAUUACCACCCUGGAGGCCUUAUGUCUUCCUCGUAUAUUGAACGAGUACAUCAACUAUGAUCGACGCAUUAUUGUCAGUUACAAACACAUUUUAGUAAUGAAAACACGAAGAAUCUAACGAUGACAGAUGAAGCAGCUAUGAAAACUAAAACUGACAAGGACUCACUGUUGCCAGAAGAAAGAGACUUUUCUGAUAUUGCAGCUUCAACGCCAGACAGUGAUCUACUUGUAUGCCAACCAGUAAAGAAGAAGAAAAAGAAAACAUUCGGAAAAUAUAACAAAGCCCUGAGUUUGCCGCAACUUAACGCUAUUGGUCAGCAGGAUGGCCGUAAAGGAAACCUGUUUAGUGAAUCCGUCGAGAGCGUGCUACUCAAGAAGAACUCUCGAGAGGAAGGAUGGUCAGUUCGACUGCCAACAUUAAAUUCUGAAACUUUAAUUAGUAAGAUUCCACCUCGUCCUUCCACUGACGAAACACUUGAACAUUUUCCCGCCAUCGCGACUCUACUGAAGCACUAACUGCAUAUGAAUUUGUCUCUUUUGAAAAUUAUAUGAUUAGAAGAAAGAAAACUGGUGACAUGUUCUACAUGUUACGCAGGUAUCCAGUCUAUCAAUUCAUUUUCAACACACCUAACAGAAGGUUUGUAAAUACCGUGUCUUCAGAUUCUGGUGAACGAUAUGGAGGAAAAUCUGGAUAACAGUGGCAUAAUAAAUAAAAAAAAAAAAAACAACGAAAUGUUAAGAUAUUGAAUCAAACAUUUUCUUUAAGUAUUGAAAAGGGUUAACUUUUAUCAGAAUUGUUUCCAUCUGAAUGAACUGGUAAUGGUUCAGCUCACAGCCUUCCUGGAAAUGAUAUUAUUAAAAAACAACUAAAACAACUUUUCCAAAUAAUUGUGAAGUGUAAUAUUUCUGCUAUACAUUUUUAGCCAUAAUUAUUAAUUGACAUAGCUUUUCUCUAAUUGAUUGUAAUAUCUCUAUUUUAACAGUUAUAUACAUGUAUUUCUUUGUGUAAGACUUUGAAGGGUUUGCUUAAUGAAUACCAAUUUGUGUCAGUAAUGAUCCCUAUAAAGAAAAACGAUUACAUAGAAAUAAGAUCUUGUUCACGGAUAUAUAUGGUUCUAGUGUAAAUGGGUGCUAUUAUAGAUUACUACCAAUAUUUGUUAAUUAAUUGGUAAUAAACAUGAUGUUGUGUAAGUAAUGUUAUAACAAUUAGCGUUUAUAAAUUUCUGUGGCAUUUAUGCCAGAAUGAACUUACUGCAACAUAACUUUUAAAAAAAACAUCCGCUCCUAAGUUGAUGUCUAAUAUGUUUGGCUGCGACUGAAUAAGUCUUUGUGUUCAAUUACUGGCAGAUAACAAAUUAACUGGUUCACUUACUUAGAAAUGAGAUACAAGAAAAAGAAGGAAAAAAUGGCGCAAAACUCGUUUCAAAAAUUGUGAUAGGAAAUGCAAACAAAGCCAUUUUAUCAUUGCUCUAAGUUUUUAAAUACAGAAACAAAGAUGACAAUUUAAUAAAAUGUUUUUGGUUAAUGAUACUUAUGAAUUUCUUCCCUAAUUUUUAUCUUUCUUUAUAAAAUCUUAGUAAUGCUGUAUCUACUUCUACGUGUGUUUUGAUGAGAUAAGUAAAUUAUAAGUUGUUAUCACGAAGAAUGCAAACUCAGAAAACUCUUUUAACACGUCUGUCAUUGCAAACGGAUAAAGAUUUUUGAAAGUUAAAAAAAAAACAAUUAAUCAAGCUAUUUAUUACAUAGUAAUAAAUGUUGAUUAUUCUUUGCUCCCGAUUUUUUAAUUUGUACUUGUUCCAAGUACCUAUUGUUGGACAUUUAGACCUAUCGUUAAUUUACAUAAAUUUCCAUUAUUUUUUUUAUAAUUUAGAAUAAUACAUAAAAAAAGAGAAACUGAACAAAACCACACUUCCAUCCGUGGUUAUUAUGUAAUAUACCAGUGUAUAGCCAGUCAAAAAUGACGGGGCAAAUACUACCACCCCACCCCAUAGUAUACCCUAACCUCACAU